UGCAAAACACGUGUUCGUGAAGUAGAGGCGGGGUAACUGAAAGGAAACAAACCAGUUUUCUGUAUAAAAUACUUAAAUUUUAUACUGCAGUAUAAAAUACUUUACAUUUUAAGUAUUAGAGUUUAUUGUAUCGUUCUGUCAUAAUUAAAAUGUCAACGCCAGUGUGCACUUGUGCCGAACAAGUCAGAAAACUUACACAACAAGUAUCAGUAAUGAGAAGAGAGAUUAAAAACAUCAGACAGCAGAUAGACGGAUCUGUACGAGCACAUAAGAAACAAAUGUCAUCACUUCAGUCGACGCUGACAGAUUGUAUUAACCAUGAUUCACAGUUUCAGAGCAAAAGCCCAUCAAAGUGCCUCAGUGAGGUGAAUCAAUUAGAACAAGGGCGCAUUUAUACUGUUCCGAUUGGAUACGUCAAUUCGUGUUUUGCGGUCAAAAAUGGCACUCCACGACAACCCACCAUAUGCAGUUCCUCUCGAGCCAGCUUGAAGAUUGAAUCGUCAGUCUUCAAUAACCCUGAUCAUUCUUUAGUUGGGCUGGAACAGUACUCCCAUAUCUGGAUCAUUUUCCUUUUCCAUAAGAAUGGGCAGUUGAGCUACAAAGCCAAAGUCAAGCCACCCCGUCUGAAUGGUCAGAAGGUGGGGGUGUACUCCACCCGUAGCCCCCACAGGCCUAAUGCUUUGGGGCUGACUUUGGCUAAGCUGGAAAAAAUCACAGGAGAUACACUUCACUUGUCAGGAGUUGACGUCAUCACUGGAACACCUGUUCUAGACAUCAAACCAUAUAUUCCAGACUAUGACUCUCCUACAACAAGAACAGACGAUACCAGUAAAACGUCAUCAUUCACAGACCUUCCGAUGGCUGAAGACAUGGAGCUAGAUGAAGAAACCGACAUCUUGGAGACGACAUCUAAACAUUUUACAGAGCUCAGCCCAGAAACAAGCAUCUCUUGUCCAGCCAGUGCUUCGGGUUUCUCUCAGUCAAGGUCUGGAUGCAGAGGUGUGACUGAUGUGCUAGCAGAAGUCAAAGACUACCUCAAACACGGGAAUGUUUUCUGUGAACAGACAGCUGAGGACAAAAACACGGAUGCUCCCGAGUGCAGUUUAGCAGGACCAACCCCUAUAAGUUUAUCCAGACUGAGCUUUGGUCAUGAGUUAUACAGCACUAUUGCUGCCUGGGUCAGGUCGCCUCCUAUCAGUUACCUUGAUGUGCGAUUUACUGUAAAUGCUGAGAAGGAGCUUAACGAGUUUGUUCCCUGCAACAGUACAGACAGCCAAAGGCCAAAGUUCCAGUUCUUGAAAGGACCUGAUGAGGCAAUGGCAGCCAUCCACGGCAUUCUCUCAGCUGACCCCAGAUCGGUAUAUCGGCGUGCACAUUGUCAAGACCGUCUGUUUUUCUUCACUCUGGACACAGCUGACAUCACUUGCUGGUUUGGAGAUGGCUUUGCUGAGGUUGUGAGAGUCAAGCCUGUGCAAGACACUGGUGCUGGUUGUGGAGUUGCUGUUUCAGCUUCUGUGGGUAAUACAGGUGGUGUGAUGGAGGGAGGAUCUGUUUCCUGAACCACACUAAAAUCUUCUGACACAACUA